CGGGCGGCACGUGACGCGUACGACAGGUUCCUCAAGGCCGUCUCCUCCGCUAUCGACGGCGAACAUUCCCCUCCCGAGCUGCGCUCCCUAGCGCUGCUGGUGUGGCGCCGGUGGGGUGCGCUGCCGCCGCCCGACACCGCCCGCGGCCGACCCAUGGGUCAAGCUCUUCGGCCGCACCGGGAAGCCCUGCAGGCGCAGCUGGGACCGGUGGUGAAGGAGGCGGCGAUGACGGGCUUGUGGGAGGCGCUGGGGGCACUGCGGAAUGCAGCGGUAGCGGUGGGGAAGGAGCCGGCAGCUGGCGCACGAGGAGGGGCGGGAGCAGGAGGACAGGGAG